UCUGUCAGUUUCAAUUCAAGUUUGAGCGUGAAUAUUUUUCGAUCUUAAUAAUUAACCUAAUUUUUGAAAGAAUGUCUUUCGCCACAUUAACGAACGCCGAAGAAGAGCUACUUUCAACGUGGUUUUCCGAAUGUAAAGAGAAUCCUCGAAACUACGUCGAACCGGUUUUGAAUUCAUCAACCGUUGAUGUAAUAAAACAGUGCUGCGACAUGUUAAAACAGGACAGUCACGUUUUUGUAAUGACCGUUGAUAUCCUUACCAAAUACAUUAUGGUUAUGAACGAGAAAAACGUCGAAAUUGAAAAUCAACUGUUAACAAUUUUAAGUGUAAUUUGCAUCGGUAGUAAAUACGUCGGUGAGUUAUCCGAAUUAAAAUUUACACCGGUUGCAACGUUAUAUAAAAACAUGACAAAUAGGCGAAUUGAAAAAUCGAAAUUUAAAAGAAUGGAAAUGAAAAUUUUGGUUGAUCUGGAUGGAAGUUUUCCAAUUUGUUUUGUCAUUGAUGACGUCAAGGCAUUAGCGCAAGUUUACAUGAAUAAGUUAAAUUUAAUCGUCGAUUUAAAUCGAUUAUGUAUAGAAAUAUUAGAUGUUGUGUAUAUUUAUUAUCGAAGACUAUUUAAUCGUUUACGUAACUUUUAUGGUGUAAAUCCAACUGCUGCGGAAGCUUUCAAAGAAUUAAUUAAGCAUAGAUUGUACAUUCCGUGUGGAGUUUUCUUGAGUGCUUUUAAAUUAACAAAAUUAAAAAAUGUUAUUUGUUUAGACACUCUGAUAAAUGGACUUUGUGAUUUGGUUGAAAUACAUAGGAAUCAUCUUGAGUUACUUACUACAUAUAUUUUAGAGAUUUUUGAUUAAGUUGUAUUAAAUAAGGAAUAUAAGGUAAUAAAGAAGUUGUUUUCAUGA